UAAUUAAUAAAUAGGCUCCCAAUUCUUCGGAGAGUCUCAUAUCCUCCGCCGGGUGAUCUCGCAUGAACCGUGUCGAGGCAGCGACGAGGGGUCGGGGGCUCCGCCAGCAGAGCCGGGCUUCAGGAUGAGGAUGCCCAAAGGAGGACGCCUGUUUUUGGCGACGUGCCUCGGCUCACUCUUCGUCAUCGUGCUGUACUUUCAGAGCAUCACCAAGCCAGAACCUGGUGUGAAGACGGGCAGCGGACCAGGGAAAAGCAGGAGAAGUCCACUGCAAAGCCUCUACAAUGGAGACCAGCAGCCGGAGCUGCUAUCAGCUCAAAGGUCCCUCCAAGACCGCAGGGAGGUGUUGGAGCAGGCGUGUCUGAGCCACACAAGGAAGCGGCAGGUGCUUUCGCCUGAGGAUCUCAAACACCUUAUUGUGGAUGAUAAACACAGUCUUAUUUACUGCUAUGUACCCAAGGUAGCCUGCACCAAUUGGAAGCGUGUCCUUAUGGUCCUCACCAGCGACGGCCGCUACACCGACCCCCUUGCCAUCCCUGCGAAUGAGGCCCACGUGGCAGGUAACCUCCGCACCCUCUCCGAGUUCUCAGUCCCUGAGAUCAACCAGCGCCUUCGCAGCUACCUCAAGUUCAUCUUUGUGCGAGAGCCCUUUGAGCGUCUGGUGUCCGCCUACCGGAACAAGUUCACCCGUAGCUACAACACUGCUUUCCACAAGCGCUACGGAACCAAGAUUAUCAGCCGGCACCGGCCCAACCCGGACCCUGAGGCACUGGAGAAAGGGAACGACGUUUCUUUCCACGAGUUUGUCCAGUACCUCGUAGACCCUCGAACCCAACGGGAGGAACCUUUCAAUGAGCACUGGGAGCGGGUGCACUCCCUCUGCCACCCCUGCCUGAUCCACUAUGAUGUAGUUGGGAAGUAUGAGACUCUGGAGCCGGAUGCUCAGGCUGUGCUCAGGUUGGCUGGAGUGGAUGGAUCACUUCAAUUUCCAACAUCUGGUAAGAGCACCAGGACUGAUGGCAACAUGGCAGCACGCUUCUUUAAACAGAUCAGUCCCUUCUACCAGAAGAGACUGUUCAACCUGUAUCGAAUGGACUUCCUGUUCUUCAACUACUCCACACCAGAGUACCUCAGGACUCGAUGAGGGGUGGAGAACAGAGGAUUGACAUCAGUGCCAUGGAUGGACUAGUGGUCAUAGUUUUCCUUUCACAUCCCCUUCAGCGUUCGUGUUAGUGAUGGAUCAUUUUGCACUUUUUGGUUGCCAUGGACUCUGGUACAGUUAUCAUCCCUGUCUAGACCGGUCCAUCACAAGCACUGACUUGUCACUAUGACUGUCCAACAAAAACUUGAUUUUCUGGUUUCAGUGAGUGGAACUUUCUAAAUGGAACCAAAUUUCUUCCUGAGAAGAAAAGACAGACAGUUUGAGCUGUAAUCCGAGCAUCUGUCACAUUGGUUGGGUUGCUUUCCAGUGUGAAAACGGUGUGUUGAUUUGCAGCUCAGCAGAACAGAAUGCAGAAGCAGGUUGCUCCCGAAAUGUGUGUUGAAAAUGCAGGCACAUGAACGUUACUAACAGGUCCUUUCUGUCAGGGCCUCAGGCUCAGUUAGGAGUCAGUAUUUAUUUUUCAUUGCCAUUCCUCACCUAGAAAUUACUUUGUCAAAUUGAGCAAUUCUUUCUUUGACUUUGGGUUUCGUCGUCUGUUACGAGUGGUUGUUGAGUUGGUGUGAUAUGCCUUGCCAGCAUACCUGCGGUGCCCACUACAGUGAGCGUUCUCCAUGGCUCGUUUUUGCAGAGAAAUAACGAGCCAUAAAUGAAAGUCACACUUCAGAGGAGCCGGUUCUCCUCCAGCAUGGGUAUACAGGUGAAUGUGCUGACUGGGAACCUUAACACAGCAGAUGCAUUCAAAGCACCGACAGCACAGUGGUUGGCUGGCAUUUAUUUAUGUAUGUAUGUCAGUGCAUGAAGUAUUUAUUGUUAUGGAAACGUGUGUGGGAGUAAGGAUUUGGGCUCGUGAUUUCGUGAAGAUGAAUUUUGAAUGAAAGAAGGGAGGCCUUCCUCUGAUGUGAUUUUUUUUUGCUUUUUCACUGAGUUGCUUUUGCACAUAAACUCAUGCCAAAUAGAAAUUUCUGAACAACUGAGAAAUCAUCACAUCUUACUCUUUACUCUCCACUUUUCUGAUCAAGUCCUGUUCCCUGGGCCUGUCUUAUCUAACUUGUCACAGCACUUGUUGACACUUAUCGUAUCUCUGAGAGUAAUUCCCAGGGAAACCUGCAGUUGCUCCUUAAUUCCAGUAAAAGCUUGUUGCCAUCCCUCCUCUAUCACUGUCUGCAUUUAGCUCCGGGCAGGUCGGCUGAACAAACAACCGCAUAGCUGUGGUCAGGGCUGGGUCCAGCCCAGCACUGCCCCUCGUCAAAGCUCUCCUUGUUAGGGUGAAUGCAGGCACCUGAGGGGUUAAUCCACCUACAGUCAUCUCCACUGCACGCCCUUGUUCAGCAAAUGUGAUGGAAUUUAUGGUAAAUAAUAUGCAGGUUAAUGUAGGAAAAUAUUUAUUAAUGGCCUGUACUGCGAAAAUAACAGGUUUAACUAAUGUCUUCAUACCAUUUUUAAUGAGAAAAGGGGAACUCCAUCGAUUUUACACUUUCGAGUCCGUUUACAGGUCUUUGAGAGUUCUACUGCAUAUGUCACAAAGGUUUUAUAAAGUCUUUUGUGUCUCCAGAGGGAGCUGUGUGAAGCUUGCUAAUUGUCCUGAUGAAGUGAUCACUUGAGUCAGAGUUGGUUGGUGCAAAACGUGUGAAAAUAAAAACAAUCCGGAGGUGUGGAGAAAGUACAAAGUGAGCUUACCGGACCUCUGUGGACCACAUGUGCUCGAGGCUAAUGCCACACAUUAGCUGCUACUAGCAUGACAUACUCACUCAGUCUCUUAUCAAACUGAUGGUGAUUGAGUUGCAUUGUGGGUAAUGUAGCCAUAAGGUAUUAAUAAGGAAGAAGAAUGCCUCGAAUAAAAAAUCUCUAUUUUUUGAAAUUGUCCAUCACAUGUUAAAGAGUACAAGCUAAAUCAGUGGAGUUCUCUGUGAAGUCCAUUAUUUAGGGUUACAAACUGUCUGUUAACACAGUCCAGUCUGCCAGUACCGUUACUUUAAGAAUACAUGUGAAGAAAACACGUAAGUUCAUAUUUACUACUAUAACUACUAAAUUGACUUGAAAUGAAUUGUUCAAGUAAAAAUGUUGUGUCAUUUUUACAUUUUAAAUUCAGAGGAGGUUAAUGGAAUGUCAUUUGACUCUAAUAGAAGGUGAAAUAGUCAGAUCAGGUCGAGAUGUUUGCAAAUGGGCACCACACCCAUAUAGCAACAUAACUGUGCUCUUUCUAAUGAUUCCCUACAUUUCCCUUUGUAACAAGCUACUUUUUCCAUGAUUUAUCUGGACCUGACUUAGCGAGUCAUCCCCGAGAAUAACAGGAAUUCACCUCAGAACAACAAGGGUCAUCAUUUCCAUUAAAAGAACAUGUUCUGCAGACAGGAUAUUAGUUCCAGUUUCACUCGGCAAGCACGCACAGUUGUGUUAGUGCGUGUCAAGACACGCAGGCAUUGAACUAGCAAUAAUUUCAUCUCUGUGUCUUCUGGAUUUCUUAGGUUAAAAUAUUUCAUGCUGCAGAAUACUGUCAGACAGGCCCAGGAAGGCCCACUCUGGAAACGUUGAUAGUCAUGCUUUGAAAAGUGCAAUAUCUGUGUAUGAGUAUCUGUAAAGUGUUAAAAGCUGUAUCUUUCCAAGUGAUUUCCUCUUUUAUUCAAACAUUGGUUUGAUUAUUUGUGCCGUCAUGCCUGUGCCACAUUUUGUUUUUCUGUUUGGCUAUGAUUGCGGCCAUGGAUUACAGGGUUUUCCUUUUAAUGCUCUCCUGUGUAGCAGUGUCUGAUUUAAGCCAUAAUUUGCAAGAAGAUGUGACUUGCCAAAGCCCAAUCACACCCUUCUUGUUUUCGCUUCCUACUGGCUCGAUGACAUGCUGCCCAAAAUAUAUAUUUUACCUUUUAAUUACUUUGUUCCUGGAAAAUACAGAAUAGAAAUAACAAGUGGCUUGUUCUUCCAGAGGGAUAAAACAUACUGUACAUCCAUCUCCAAAGCCCAGACGCUGCUGUGCAUGACCACAGCUAGUCAGACAUGUAACCGUUUGUGUAGGAGUGUUCCUGUAGUCAGACCUGUGACGUGGUGAGUCGCUGUGAACAAGUGAACAGAGCACAAUCUGAAAGAAGCUGUCAUGCACCAGUUUACUUGUGCCACAAAACUGUGAAUGUGAUAACUUGAUAACUGAAGUGCACUUGCUGAUGUGACGAUUGACAGGCUGGUUGCCUUGACGCUUCAACAAAUACAGUCCC